CUUCCCCCUCAUGAGCUGGCUCUGAGCCCCGCUCCGCCAUGCACUACCCCGGCGAGCGCUGCCUGCCGGGCCCCAGAUUCCUCCCCGAGUUCCUCCCCCCGUGCCAGGCUCACCCCGAGCCCUUCGCCAACACCUGCCACCCCCUGAGCAUCACCAAGGGCCCCGCGCCGCGCUGGGGACAGAGCUGUCCCCAAGCCGCCACCGCCGUGUCGCUGCUGCCGUGCCAGCCGCUGGUGCAGAAGUGCCUCCUGCUCUACCCCGAGCCCUGCGAGACCACCCGGCUGCUGCCCGGCCCGAGGGUCUCCGCUGUGCCCCAGACCCCGAGGAGCGACAAGAAACGCGCGGCGCGGAGCCUCCCGCCGUGCGCCCCGCGCUGCCCCGAGCCCGGCCGGCUGCGCUUCCCCCCGUGCGGCAUCCGCGGCUCCUCCGCGUCCUGCCGGGCCGAGUGUCGCCCGCGCAAGGCGGCCGCGUGUCCCCAGCGCUGCCCCGAGCUGAGCGGCGGCUGCUACUCGCUGCCCCUCCGCGGUGCCACCGAGUGUCCCCCGCAGCAGAGCGUCACCCGCUCCUUCCUGCGGGAGCAGCUGGCCGGGGCGGUGCCCCCGCACCGCUGCUCCAAGGGGUACCCCACGCAGGAAUUUGGCACGGGGUGCUACUCGGAGCAGCAGCUGAGCGUCACCAGGGUCACCAAGGAGUGUCCCCCGCUGACGGCGGCGGCCAAGGGGUCGCCGCGGCUUGAGGGGAGCAAGGGCAGGAGCUGCUCGGCGCAGCACCUGAGCAAGUCCCGCUGUGGUCACCAUCAUCAUCACCACCGGGGUACCCCGAGACCCUCCCGGCUGGUCCCGGCCGGGGCCAAGCGCUCCGGGCACUCCAAGAAAAGCCGCAGCGCUUCCAAGUGGCUCUGGUGAGGGACGGCUGGGGAAAAGUUGGGAAUGCCGCGGGGAUGGAGCCCAGGGGUGGGGGGAUUGACAUGGGGUGAUCCCCCCUCCUUGGGGUGAUUCCCAUGCGGUGAUCCCCCCUCCUUGAAGCCCAGAUUUGCGGUGAUUUCCCCUCUCCAUAGGGCUCAGGUUUGGGGUGAUGCCCAAGGGGUGAUCCCCCCUCCUUGGGAUGCAGGUUUGGGGUGAUUUCCCCUCCUUGGAGCCCAAAUCUGGGGUGAUUUCCCCUCCUCGGAGCCCAGUUUUGGGGUGAUUCCCCCUCCUUGGACCCCUGGUUUGGGGUGAUUUCCCCUCCAUGGAGCCCAGUUUUGGGGUGAUUCCGCCCUGCCCUUGGAACUCAGGUUUAGGGUAAGACCCCUCCAUGGAGCCCUGAUUUGAUUUGAGGUGAUUUCCCUUCCUUGGAACCCAGGUUUGGGGUGAUUUCCCCCUCCUUGGGGCCCAAAUUUGGGGUGAUUUCCCCUCCUUGGAGCCCCGGUUUGGUUUGUGGCGAUCCCCCCUCUUUGGAGCCCAGUUUUGGGGUGAUUUCCCCUCGUUGGAGCCCAAGUUUGGUUUGGAGUGAUCCCCCCUCCAUUCCCAGUCCUGCCUCCCAAGCCUGGUGGGAUCCUCCCUCCUUGGAGCCCAGGUUUGGGGUGAUCCCCCCUCUCUUUGGAGCCCAAGUUUGGUUUGGGGUAAUUCUCCCCUCCAUGGAACCCAGAUUUGGGGUGUUUUCUCCUCCUUGGUGCCCAGGUUUGGUUUGGGGUGAUCCCCCCUCCAUGGAGCCCAGAUCUGGGGUGAUUUCCCCUUCUUGGUCCCAGGUUUGGGGUGAUCCCCCCUCCACUCCCAGUCCUGCCCCCCAAGCCUGGUUUUCCCCCAUAUCGUUCCCGUGUUCAGCUCACAGAGCAAAUCCCCCAUUUUAUUCGACCCCAAAUUCGGAUUUUCCAGCACCAGGAAGGUUUUGGGGAGAGGUUGAGGAGCUCUGAGCCACUCGGAGCCUCACCCCAACACCUUCGUGACAACGUCUGCACCCUGUUUUUAUGUUGUGGGAUCAAUUCCACUCUCGUUGUGCCACUCACAUUAAACUCAGGUUACAGCUGAUUCCUGCUCUCUGUCUGAAUUAUUUUCCAUCUUUUUAAACAGUUUUUAAUUACUACUGCUGCGAAAAAACCCUUUCUCACUGCUCCUUUUUUGUAAAAUAAGGGAAAUAAUCACAAUUUUGGAGCUGGGUUCACUGCCACGGAUUUAGUGGGGGGAGAGGAUGACGUUCCUCAGGAAUUCCUUCCCAGUAUCCAACCUCAACUUCCUCCCAUCGAGCUGAACCCAUUCCCUUUUCCCUGGCAUUCCAAACCCUUGGAAAAAUAAAAAUUUCUCUCCAAUUCCCUUCAGCCCCGUCAAGGCCUCAGUGGGGUCACCCCAAAACUUCUCCAGGCUGAAUAUUCCCGAUUCCCUCAGCCUUUCCUCCCAACAGGAGGAGAAAAAAAAUAAAAGGGGAAUAGGGGGUGGAUCAGCAGGAAAAUUAAAUUGUAAAAAUCUGAGCUCCUGAUUCCGUGAGUUUGCUGCUGAUAAUGGAGCCGUGUUGAGAAGAUAAAAUAAAAAUGCGGUGCCUCAAA